CAAAGAAACAAAUGUUUCAACGAAGAUAUAAAAAUUUCUACAAAUUUCCAUUUCGAGUCAAUUUUUCGUAGUUAUCUAUAUAAAUGUUUUCCGCUAGGGUAAGAUAAACAUAUAAGAAUGCCGCGUGGAAUGUUCCAAAUAUUCCCGAAGAAUAUUCUUAAAACCUUCGCGGGAGUGUCUUGUGCUGGGAGUCGCCUUUUCCGCGGCCGUUGACAAUAGAAUAAACCGCGGGAUCGAUGAGAGAGUCGACGAGCGUAGGCCGCGCGUCCGCGGGUAUCGCGCGCCAUGGCCGCCCGGACGCACGUGCGGCGCGUCAGGCUGCUGUACAAGACGAUUUUGAGGUUACACCGCGGCCUGCCGGCCGAGGUGCGGCCGCUGGGCGACGGCUACGUCCGCGACGAGUUCCGGAGGCACAAGGGAUGCGUGGAGAGCGAGGCGAUCGUCUUCCUCCGCGAGUGGACCAACUACGCGGUGUCCCUCGCCGAGCAGCUCGGGCUGAGGGGCCCGCACACGGGACGGCCGCUCGGACGAUACCUGGGCGAGGAGGAGCUCGAGAAGCUGCGGGACGAGCAGGUGUGCCAGCUGUACGAGCUGAUGAUCGCGGCGUCGGGACGGCCGAGCACGCCCGGGGAACCGUAGGCCGACCGGAGCGAUCUCGCCGACGCGCUCCGAAUAUCCCGUCUGCGAGACGCAAUUUCCCCGGUUUCCUCCCCGCGUCUCGCAAUCAGAUCGACGACAAUUUCGCCGAGGGCGAACGGAGCAGUGUAGUGUACGACAGUUAAUAUAAGCGGUAAUAAAAUUGUAGGAAACGAC